GAUGCAAGAGAGGUGGGACCUGGCCGAGCCUUGAUUGGUCGGGGUGCGCGUGGUCACUGAUCACCGUUCAGGCUGAGAGUUGCUGAGAACCCGGGUGCAGAUCAACUCUGCUGCAGGGAGUCGAAGAUGCGGAAAGUGGUUUUGAUCACCGGGGCGAGCAGUGGCAUUGGGCUAGCCCUUUGUGGUCGGCUGCUGGCGGAAGACGAUGACCUUCACCUAUGUUUGGCGUGUAGGAAUCUGAGCAAGGCAAGAGCCGUUCGAGAUACCCUGCUGGCCUCUCACCCCUCCGCUGAAGUCAGCAUCGUGCAGAUGGAUGUCAGCAACUUGCAGUCGGUGGUCCGGGGUGCAGAGGAAGUCAAGCAAAGGUUUCAAAGAUUAGACUACUUGUAUCUGAAUGCUGGAAUCAUGCCUAAUCCCCAGCUAAACCUCAAGGCAUUUUUCUGUGGCAUGUUUUCAAGAAAUGUGAUUCAUAUGUUCUCCACAGCAGAAGGACUUUUGACCCAGAAUGACAAGGUCACUGCUGACGGGUUCCAGGAAGUGUUUGAAACCAAUCUCUUUGGCCACUUUAUCCUGAUUCGAGAACUGGAACCGCUUCUCUGCCACAGGGACAACCCUUCUCAGCUCAUCUGGACGUCCUCUCGCAAUGCAAAGAAGUCUAACUUCAGUCUUGAGGACAUCCAGCACAGCAAAGGCCAGGAACCCUACAGCUCUUCCAAAUACGCUACUGACCUCCUGAAUGUGGCUUUGAACAGGAAUUUCAACCAGAAGGGUCUGUAUUCCAGUGUGACGUGCCCAGGUGUCGUAAGGACCAAUCUGACGUACGGGAUUCUGCCUCCCUUUAUCUGGACGUUGCUUCUGCCGGUGAUAUGGCUAAUUCGAUUUUUUGUGCAUGCGUUAACUAUGACACCGUACAAUGGAGCAGAGGCACUGGUGUGGCUUUUCCACCAAAAACCGGAGUCUCUCAAUCCUCGGACCAAAUACCUGAGCGGCACCACAGGAUUCGGGACUAAUUACGUCAAGGGCCAAAAGAUGGACAUAGAUGAAGACACUGCUGAAAAACUCUACGAGAGCUUACUGGAGCUGGAAAAGCAUGUCAGGAUCACCAUUCAGAAAUCAGAUCACCUGAGCUGAUGGUGACGUUCCGCCAAGCAUCCCGUUUGUACCUUUUGCACUCUCUGGUGCACUUUCCAUCGUGCUGGGUGAUACGUGUUUUGUAGCAAACCAUGAGCCAAGAUGAUCUCUCCUCCUACUUUUCAGAAUGAUCUCCAAGACUGUGUGUGCACAUGUGUGCAGGCGUGCACACACAUGUGAAAAAGUAGUGGCACAGUAGAGGAACCAACUAAAUACCCUCCAGGGUAAUGACCUGUCAGAACUGCUAGAGGCUUCCUGCAGAGCAUCCUUGGGUAGCUUUCUAUCACCAGGAGCCCAGUAGUUUACACUUUUGUGCUGGGGACACAGUACAGCCUGAACCUUCUUUUAGUCCCAGCAAGGAGAGGCAGUGCCACUGGGUAGGACUUAUACUUCUUUUUCUUUUCUCCGAGAUCCCCUUUUUUCGUCUCUUUACGUACUCCUUCAUAUGCUGCUUUGGAUAAGUUUACUCACUGUCCGACCACGUGGCUCCCACGUAACUGCCCACGCAGUCAUUUUUAAGAGCAAAGGGCCACGAGCAUUAUUUCUGGUCUUUAAUAACAUGUGCAGAUGUAUCCAUUAUGAACAGCUCGUCGUCAUGAUCAUAUUCACUGGAAUUAAACUUAUAGCAAAAAAAUUAUUUAGUCAUGUUUCAAUAAAAUUUUUUUAAAAAAUAGAAAAACCGCUAGGAUGCCAUCUGGUACACAGUGGAAGCAGAAGAAGAGAGUUCAUUUUUAUGUGUCAGAUGAUGAGUUUUUCAAACCUUUUCUCCAUAAGUCUUAAAGAGCCACAUCUCAGCAUCCUUUGUUAUGAAUCAAAAUGCUAGAGAUGGCUAGACAUUUUUGUCAUAAAGGCAUCGUAUCACUUGGGAUUUAAUCAAGUCAGUAAAAUUCUGAACAAAAGUGAGAGAAAAGUGAUACAUAAAUAUAAUCUGACAGCUUGUGGUAUGAAAACUUUCUGGUUAGGGUUUCUCUAAUUUUGUUGACCAAGAUUUUUUUUUUUUAAAGAUACAGGUGAGAAUGAGUCACAGCCACGGCCCCUCCUCUGUCUCUGGGAAACAAGGGGUGGUUCUUUAUUAUUCAUCCUGAGUGAACCCCCAUUUGGAGAAGACUCCUCCUUGGGGAACUCAUGUUUUUCAUCUGCAAAGCAAAGCGAUCACCUGUGUUCUGUUCCUCACAGGGUUGCUUGAGGAUCCAUGCUCUGUGUGAGCCAUGAGAAUUCCUCAUUUUUGUAGAGAAUGGUGAGGUUCCUUAGAGGUCAGUCAGACAGCUUGCCGAGGCCCAGUCACUGCCGGCCACCGUCCUUCUCAUGGAUGGCCUGUUCUGGACCCCACACCACAGAGCUCUGUAGGAUGGUAUGGGCAGGGUUAGGAGUCCUGCGGCAGUGUAGUUAGUCAUCAUCCUAACUUGCCUUGAGAAUGAAUUGAGAGAAAGCUUGGGUUUUGCUUAUUUGUGAGUUUGUAGAAAACAUGUCUUUUUCUGGGGUUUUCAACUUAUAAACAUCGAAUUACUUAUAGAAUUUCCUUUUUAUCUUUUUGCUGGCUACAUUAGGAAUUCCCUCUGUUUUAUUCCUGAUACUCUUCCCAAUUGUCAGUAAUGAAGGAGUUUUUCCCAUUUUGCUGGUGUUUGCAGAGAACCGUGUUUCUUCCUCACUGGGUUUUUUCUCUCCCUAGUUACUUAUAUAUUAUCCAUGCAGAUUUUUUUUUUAGCUUGCUUGUUUUAAUUGUCUUCUUUUUGUUUUCUUUAGCUUAAAGUAAACCUUUUCUAGUUCCUUGAGUUAAAACUUAGGUUCCUUAUUUGGAAAUUUUUUUUGAUUGCUGCUAUAAGCAUUUAAUUAUAAACAUUUAAUUAUAUAGAUGCCAUUCUCAGCCCACAUUUGCUGACAUAUUGUCCUGCAUUGUUUUCUUUCAAUCAUAGAUUGUUUUAUUAAUUUCUGUUGAGGUUUUCUUUUAUGAAUUAUUAAGUGAUAUUUAAUGUUCAUAUCUUUAGAGAUUUAAGAUUGAUGUUUGGCUGGGGAGAUGGCUUAGUGGUUGAGAGCACUGGCUGCUUUUUUAGAGGACCUAGGUUCCAUUCCUAACACCAUGUGCUGGCUCCCAAGAUCUCUAACUCCAGUUCUAGGGGGUCUGAUGCUCUCUUCUGGCCUCUGUGGGUACCACACGUGCAUAUGAUGCACAGGCAUCUGUGCAGACAAAACAACCAUACACAUAAGAAUAAAAAUUAUUUUAAAAGUUGGUACUGGUUUCUAGGUGUAGUCUGUUGGGAUAUCCUAUUUAUGUUAAUAUAAUCAGAAUAUAUUCUUAUUUCUGUAUUAUAUUUUUUGACUUUUAUUUAUGGUCCAGGAUCUGUUCUGCUUGAAUGAGUAUUCUGUGGCUUUCUCUUCACAUCAUGCCAGCUUGUAUUUUCUCCUUGGAACACUCUGGGUUGUUCUCUUUGUCUUUGUGUGGAGUUCAUAGUUACUCUUCAGGUAGGUGUUGUACGGGAGGGCCCCAGUGCUCUGUUGACAACAGUAUUUCUCACCUGUACACCGUCUUCAUUUCAGAUGCGGUUUUAUUCUUCUGUUUCUUUCCUGUGCUCAGUCAGUUUUUCUUGUUCUAUGAUCAAUUUCUGGUUUUAGUUUUGAAAUUUUGAUUCAUUUGAUUCUUAAUUUAUUUUUAUGUAUUUAUUUUGCAUGCUUGGGCAUAUUGAAUCCAGGGCCUUGGGGCUCAUCUUCUUCCUCGGCAGGAACGCUGUGUAUUUUACUUAUCAACUAAAGUUUUUGUUUGGUUGGUUUGUUUUUUUCCAAUUUUUUUUUCUUCAGUCCUCAAUAUGGUCUUUGAUAGUUACUGAAUCUAUAAUUUCAUCAUGUCCCUCAGGUUUUAUCACCCUUAUCUACCUUAUAAAAAUACGUAUUCGAGGGCUAAAGGGGUGGUUCAGCACUUAAGAGAUCUGUUCUUCCAGAGGACCUAGUCCACUUCCCAGCACCCACAUCUUGGCUUACAAUCAUCUGUAACUCUAGAUCCAGGGGCCCCAGUGUUCUCUUCUGGCCUGUGGGCACCAGGCCCACGAGUGGUGCACAGACCUUUGUUCACACCCAUACACACAAGUAAAAAUUAAUCUUAAAGAAGCCCAUACUAAAACCUAUUAAUCGGAGGGACCGAGUAAAGUUGUGAUAAAGCUAACAUCUGUGCAUACCACCGGAUGCUUGCCUCCUCGCCCUGAAUGCUUCCUGGUAAGCAUCACAGGCAGGGCUACUGGGCAUUCCCAAGCUAACCCAGAGUGCAUCCCUCCACAUCUCCUGUAGGAUCCUAGCCACAGGUGAAGCUGCCCUCUCAGAAACAUAUACCAGCCUUGAGUAACUUUUAUUUUCCUUGUAUUGAUAGAGGGUGCUUUAAAAAAAAAAUUACCUAUUUUUUUUGUGUCAAGCUGUGUGUUUAUGUCUUUUACCAUGUCCCAUUUGAUUUUCCCACCUUUGGUAAUAAGAGAUAUAUAUUAUCUAUAUAAUAAAGGAUGAAGCUCUUGCCUAAAACUCAUUUAUUUAUCUAACAUUUGUACUCAUUUCUCUUGUUGAUUGUCCUUUAAUAUUCCAAAGGAUCGGCGCCACGACCUUUGCUUGUUGUUUCUUGUUGUAUUUCUAGCAUUUGAUCAAUGGAUGUCAUUCCUUAGGCUCGUGGUGAAUAUAUGAACAGUUGAUUGAACAAGCAUUUAUUUGAAUAAAUUAUCAUGCUAUCUUGGUCUUCGA